AUGAAAAGAAAGCAUACAUUAUUAUUAAGGAAGGUUGUAGCAGAGUAGAAUUAAAUGAGUUGGCCAUUUGCAGAUUAAGACUUACAUUCCAGUAAUAUAUUUCAAAGUACAAAAUCAGUAAUCAAUUAGCUUAGAGUCCUGAUUAUCAAAUUUUAGACUUUAGUCAUAAAAAUUCAACUAAUGAAAUUUUAUCUCGAUCAAUAGUGGGCAAAGUGGAUACUUUCAAUAAAUAAGCUAAUGAUCUUGAAAAACCUAUUCGUUUUAGUUAACCUGUAAAGUUAUCUAAUAUGUAAAAGAGGAUUAAAAGAAGUUAUAACAUUUGCAUAUACUUUUAGCCAAUACUAAUGAACCAUCAAGUCUAAAUUCAUCUUAUAGAAGCAAAAAAAAUAUAACAAAUUAAUAGCAUGUAAUAUAAAAAACAGGAGAUGCUAAUUUUGAAGUACUUGAUAAAUAUGAGUUAAUAUAAACUAUGGAAAAAAUAUAGAAAAUAAUUAAGAAUAAUGAAAAAUAUGCCUAAGAUUAAUUGUAAAAAAUUUCAGCAACAGAAAAAAUAUUGAAAACUCAACAUUAAAGAGCACUAAAUAAACAUGAAAAAUAAUUGUAAGUAUGGAAUGAAUUAUCAACUAAAAUAAGUACUCGUAUGAAAAAUAAUUCAAACACUUUAAUUGAAAGAUAGGCUUGUAUUUUAUUUUAUAGAAUAAUUAGAGUAUAGAUCUAGGUUAGACUCUCUUGAAAUGUUUGAAGAAUUGAAGCCUGAAGAAUCAAAAAAUCCAGUUAUAACAUGGCAUCAAAGACUAAGAUCUCAAUAUAGACCUUAAGUAUAUAAUGUUUGUUUAUAUAAUAGAAAGUUAUUUAAAAAGAAGAAUAGGAAAGAUUAUAACUAAAAUAAGAUCUAUUACAAUAAAUACCAAGUAGGGAACUAUUAGAGAUACCUAAUCCAUAGAAAUUGAUUUCUGAUAUCAAAAAUAAAAAUGGUUAUGACAAGGGUAGAUCUGUAUCUGAUUAUAACGGAUUAAAAGUAAAAUACUGAGAAAAAAUUAGUUAGUGGGUUUGAGUGUCUAUGAUUAAGAAUUAAACUCCUUGAAGAAAGAUUAAUCUCAAAUACAAUAGCAAUACUAUUAUUAUAAAGUUCCAAAAGAAAUUAAAAUAGGAGAGGAAAAUCUAUGA